AUGCUUCUCUCUGAACUUCCAGGGGAGAUCCUCCUCAAAAUUGGGUAUCGACUUGGGGAUGCAGCCGCGAGUCGACUCGUCCGUACAAGCCGCUUCUUUCACGACUUCUUCGAGGAAGAGAUUUACAAAAUGCACGUGAAGAGAACCAAGGGUAUUGCGCUGCUCUGGGCUGCGGACCGCGGUGAGGAGCCGUUAGUGAGAAACCUUCUUAAACACGGUGCCAACCCUAACGUGGGCUGGGGCCCCCGGGUCCCGGGCCAGGGGGAGUGGUGCCUGCGUACCGCGGCGCGCUCCAACCUCUACUGGCGUGAAGAUGGCCGCCGCACCCAUCAGACACCCUUGACCCUUGCCGCACAGCAAGGCUAUCUCAACAUUGUAAAGCUCCUGCUCGAUCACGGCGCUGACCCCGGCCGCCACAACCGGGAGCAUCAGACCGCGUGCCUGGCGAGCAUCCACGCGCUGAUCCAGCACGCCCACCACGGCCGUCUCUACUACAACGAAUGGGACCGCCUGGACGACUUCAACCAGCCUCGCAAGCCGCUCAACCCGACCCUUCUCGCCACCGUGGACUAUCUCAUCCACCAGCGCGACGCGAUGUGGGGGACCCACGGCUACCGCGUGCUGAACCUGGCGCUCCAGUGGCCCGACCAGGACCUGGCGGUCUACAUGCUCCGCGACGAGCAGCUGCAGGCCGAGUUCUGUGAGCAGCCCGGCUCGCACUUCGAGGACCUGCUCCGCCACGCCGCGCUGUACCACCGCGUCGUCGUCGUCCAGCAUCUGCUCGACGUCGCCUACAAGCACUACCACGUCCACGAGUGGGGCCGCCUGUCCCUCGUGGCGCGCGACGCGACCCAGGACUAUUUCAGGAAUGCAAUGGGGCAUUACUUCCUCAUGUACAAGUAUGUCACCUUCUUUCUUUUUUUCUUCGUCUGGGUCUGCGUGUGGGCCUAUGUGUCCUGGCGGUGGCUGUGA